CCCACACGGUCACAUUACAGUGUAGGGAGAAUGUGAUGUUUACAGCAGUGUGAAUCAGAGAGUGUAAAAAAAUGUAAUAAUAAUUAUCAUGUUGUGUAUAAAAUUAAAUCGUUUCUGUAGUUCUGUUUUUAUACACUACAGAAUAAAUUAUUCAACACAGCAGAUUAAAUAUGGAAUUCAUAAAAUACAGAACAACCAGUUCAGCAGCUGGAGGAGAAACAAAGUCACACAAACUGCAGCAGCACAGAGUCUCAUGUACCGAAGUGUUCGUCCUGUAGCACACAGCAGUGUGGAUCCUGAUGAGAUUAGAAAGUUCCAGGUUUUGGCUAAUAAAUGGUGGGAUGUUCAGGGAGAAUUUGCAGCUCUUCACUCGAUGAACGAUCUGCGAGUUCCUUUUAUCCGUGAUAAUCUGUUGAAUGUGCACGGUGUGAGACAGGGGGGUCGACCACUGGCAGGACUCCGGAUUCUGGAUGUGGGCUGUGGAGGAGGGUUACUCACCGAGCCGUUGGGUCGGCUGGGUGCGGAUGUGUUGGGUAUCGACCCGGUGGAGGUGAGUGUGAGGACGGCGGAGCUUCACUCGUCCCUCGACCCAGCGCUCAGAGAGAGGGUGAGGUACCGGGCGUGUACGCUGGAGGAACUGACUGAGGAAGGAGGAGAGGAAGAGAAAACCGAGGAAGAGGAAAAGGAAGAGGCUUUUGAUGCCAUUGUGGCAUCUGAAGUGGUGGAACACCUUGCAGAACUAGACACCUUCAUACACUGCUGCUACCAUCUACUGAAGCCGGCUGGUUCUCUGUUCAUCACCACUAUUAAUCGUACUCAGCUCUCGUAUAUGUUGGCCAUCAUCAUGGCGGAACAGGUUCUUCAUAUGGUCCCCAGAGGAACUCAUCAGUGGGACAAAUUCAUCACCCCAGUAGAACUAGAGACGCUGCUGGAGUCCUCUGGGAUCAGUGUACAGUGUGUACGGGGGAUGCGGUGUAACCCUCUCACCGGCGGUUGGAGUUGGCAGCGGAGUACAGAUGUGAAUUACGCUCUUCAUGCCAUCAAACAGAGUGAAGAUUCAUCCAACCGCUCAAAAUAAAGGCGCCCUGAUCAUCAGAUUAUUAGAUUAUCAGAUAAUCAUUUCAGAUUAGAAUAAAUAUUCAGUAAAAUCUUUCAUGUUUAUAAUAAAUUAGAUGAAUAAAAUGAAACUCAGAAGUUUGUGUUUAGUUUCCUGUGGAGCAUUUAAACGUAUUAAGAUCAUUUUUUGGCUCUUUUGUGGUCACACGCUGAUGUUCCUCUAAUAAAAGUUUCUUCUUUAA